AUGAGUUAUUUCAAGAACAAUAACCUUUUCUUUUCAUUCAUCUUUGCACUUAACCUUGCUUUAGUGAGAAGUUCAGGGUUGACCCCAAAUGGUUUGUUUUCUGGUUAUCUAAUGCACAUCAUUGACGCCCUCCCAAAUGGUGCUCCAACUUUGACCCUUCGUUGUCAAGAUAAAAAUCAUGAUCUAGGAUAUCAGAAAAUCAAUGCGCCUGAUGAGUAUAGGUUUAAGUUUCGUGAUCAAAUUUUUGGUGGUACACUGUACUUCUGCCAUUUUUGGUGGAACGGAAAAGACAAAGUUUUCGAUGUUUUCAAUGACAAUAUAUCUGGCCGUUGUGGAUCCCGUGGUGCUUUUCUCUCUGAAUGCUUUUGGAAGGUGCAAGAGGAUGGCUUUUAUUUUGGACCCCGUCAAGAUGGUCCAUUUGAGAGGAAAUAUGAGUGGUAA